UCCCUGGGUCGUGGUGGUCGUUCAGUACAUUGAUUGCCACUAAAUGGAUGCUGGUGGCAGCUGAGCUGAGCUGAGAUGUGCAGCUGAGCUGUGGCUUCUGCUCCGAGGUUCGACCUCGACCCGCCCCAAUUAAACCGCCGGGGACCCGCCCGCAAGCAGCCGCAGCUAUAACCCCGCCCCGCGUCGUCCCCUCCGCACCACCAGAGAUCCGGCCGGCGGCACGAGAAGAAGCAGCAGCGGAGACGAUGGCGGCCGUGAAGCGCGCCUACCUCGCCGUCUACAACUGGGCCGUCUUCUUCGGAUGGGCGCAGGUGCUCUACUUCGCCGUGGACGCGCUGCUCCGGUCGGGGCACGAGGGCGUGUACGCCGCCGUCGAGCGGCCGCUCCAGCUCGCGCAGACCGCCGCCGUCCUCGAGAUCCUCCACGGGCUCGUCGGGCUGGUGAGGUCGCCGGUGUCGGCCACGCUGCCGCAGAUCGGGUCGCGCCUCUUCGUCACCUGGGGCAUCCUCUGGAGCUUCCCCGAGACCAGGACACACAUCCUGGUGAGCUCCUUGGUCAUCAGCUGGUCCAUCACCGAGAUUAUUAGGUACUCUUUUUUCGGCACAAAAGAGCUGUUUGGAUCUGCACCAUCAUCGCUUCUAUGGCUUAGGUAUAGCUCAUUCCUAGUAAUGUACCCAACCGGCAUCAGCAGCGAGGUUGGCUUGAUAUACAUUGCAUUGCAGUUCAUCAAGGCAUCGGAGAAGUACUGCAUUAGAAUGCCCAACAAAUGGAACUAUUCAUUUGAUUACUUCUACGCAUCAAUCCUGGUACUCCUAGUCUACGUUCCAGGAAGCCCACAUAUGUACACCUACAUGCUUGGGCAGCGUAAGAAGGCGCUUGCAAAGUCAAAAACCGCGUAAAUCUUAUCGAUAUGUCUUACAAAAUUCAGUGACACAUCACUAUGUUUCUCAUUUAUGACAGAAAAUCAAAAGUCUGUUCUUGUUGGACACUAGAUUAUUAAACUUUGUGUCAUGUGAAUGUGGUUGUUGCUGUAUUUGCAUUUGGUUGCUAGAUACAAUGUUAAACAGUAAAGACCAACAUUUCAUUUGACGUAAACCUUGCUGAAUAUAAGCUUUACCUACUGCUCCCUCUGUCCCGAAAUACUUGUCCUAAAUUUGUCUAGAUACGGAUCUAAAUCUGUAUCUUUUCAUGUUUAUAUACAUCUGUAUCAGACAAAUAAUUUGGGACGUGUUUUGAACAAUAUUUUUUAGGUGUACAAGGAAAAUCCACAAAGAUGUAACUACAAAAAUUCUCAUAACUAAUACCAUUGUGAACACACUAAUAGAAUUGUUUUCAAAAACUGACAUCUUUACUUUCAGUAUCCAAGAGAUUGAUGCCAUGUGAU